GGAGCAUUGGCCAUGGUAAAACCGCUAAAACGAAGAAAAGGGAAAAGAAGUCUAAUUGGGGCCCUAAAACUAGUCACAGCAGCCGUCGCCGUGGACCCUCGGAUCCGCAGGGCGCAGCCUUUCUCCCGUUUCACGCCGGAAGCAGAGCACCACCCAACACCGCAUCAUGUCGGGCGCGGCGGCGGCGGUGGCGCGAGUGCUGCCGAAGGCAGUGACCUUCGUGACGGGCAACGCCAAGAAGCUGGAGGAAGUCCGCGCGAUUCUCGGCUCCUCCAUCCCCUUCCAGUCCCUCAAACUCGACCUGCCCGAGUUGCAAGGUGAGCCAGAGGACAUAUCUAAAGAGAAGGCCCGAAUGGCUGCAUCUCAGGUGAAUGGUCCUGUACUUGUUGAGGACACCUGUCUAUGUUUCAAUGCGCUCAAAGGUUUGCCAGGGCCCUAUAUAAAAUGGUUUCUAGAGAAGAUUGGGCAUGAAGGUUUGAACAAUCUGCUAAAAGCUUAUGAAGACAAAUCAGCUUUUGCUAUGUGCAUCUUUUCCCUUGCUCUUGGACCAGAAGAGGAACCGAUCACAUUUGUUGGAAAAACAGCAGGGAAAAUUGUACCUGCCAGAGGCCCUGCUGAUUUUGGAUGGGACCCUGUAUUCCAACCAGAUGGAUUUGAACAAACGUAUGCUGAGAUGCCCAAGCCUGAAAAGAAUCAAAUAUCUCAUAGGGGGAGAGCUCUUGCACUGGUGAAAGAACAUUUUGCUUCUGCCAAUUAUGAAGUUCAGGGUGACGGAUUGGCUUAAACUUCGUUUUCAAGCACCAAAUGAACAAAAUCUAAUGGAAUAUGUGCAAAAGAUUCAUGUCUCUGUUAUAGUUACAGAAUCUUCCAAGCUGUACUCAUUUCUCCUGCAACUUUUGGUGACUGUUAUGAGAUUGUGGAUGUAUUCUAGAUGAAUUUUGGUGACUGUCAUCAUGUCUCUUUGCCUAUGAAGCAGAGUGAUGGACAAAUUACUUGAAUCAGUUUGCCAGUUGAACCUCAA